AUGGCAGAAUCAACUAUUACUAAAAAGAUCACGGUUUUACCAGGGGACCAUGUAGGUACCGAAAUCUGUAACGAAGCAAUCAAAGUUCUCAAAGCGAUUGAAGAGUCAACUCCAUACCAGAAAAUCCAUUUCGAUUUCCAACAUCACUUAAUUGGUGGUGCCGCCAUUGACGCCACUGGCUCUCCACUCCCUGACGAAUCCUUACAGCUGGCCAAAGAAUCCGAUGCUGUCCUCUUGGGAGCUGUAGGCGGGCCCAAAUGGGGUACGGGCUCAGUGCGUCCCGAACAAGGGUUGUUGAAAAUACGUAAGGAAUUGAACCUUUACGCCAAUAUUCGUCCUUGUAACUUUGCCAGUGAGUCGCUUUUGGAAUUGAGUCCAUUGCGUCCUGAUAUUGUCCGUGGCACAAACUUGAUUAUCGUGCGUGAAUUGGUUGGUGGGAUCUACUUUGGUGAACGUCAAGAACAAUCAGAGAGCCCAGAUAGUGAAACGGCAUGGGAUACCGAGAAAUACACAGUUGCUGAAGUCACAAGAAUCACUCGUAUGGCUGCGUUUAUGGCAUUGCAACACAAUCCGCCAUUGCCCAUUUGGUCAUUGGAUAAAGCCAAUGUGUUGGCAUCGUCGAGAUUAUGGAGGUCUACAGUGGACAAGGUGAUCUCGACCGAGUUCCCACAAUUGAAAGUCCAACACCAGUUGAUUGACUCAGCGGCAAUGAUUUUGAUUCAAAACCCAACCAAAUUGAAUGGUAUAAUAAUUACAUCGAACAUGUUUGGUGAUAUAAUUUCCGAUGAAGCUAGUGUGAUUCCGGGGUCUUUGGGUCUUUUACCUAGUGCUUCAUUGGCAUCUUUGCCAGAUACCAACAAGGCGUUUGGUCUUUAUGAGCCUUGUCAUGGAUCUGCACCAGACUUGGAUGAGAAUAAAGUUAAUCCAAUUGCCACUAUUUUGUCAGCCAGCUCCAUGUUGAGGUUGAGUUUGGAUUGUGUGAAGGAGGCUGAGGCNCAUUAG